AUGCAUUCAAUAAAUCAAAAAAUUAUUUUAAUAUUUUCCUCAAUUAUUUCCCUUCUUCCCUCAUUUAUUUACUCAUCAAACAAAACAACAGAUAUGCCAUUAGAAGAUAAAUUAAUUAUUUUAUGUUCAGAUGCCCCAAAUAAACAAUUGAGGGUUUUUUGUGAACAAUUACACAAAAGUGAUAUUAUUGCUAGAAAAUAUUUGGAAGUUGCGGCAUUAAGGUUAUUGCCUAAAAGUGCACAAGAAUGUUUUAAUUUUUUGUGUAUGUGUAAAUAUUUUAGGGGAAAAGUAAAAAAAGGUAUUUGUAUUUUACCAAAUGGAAGUCAUCUAAAAAAGUCUGUAAGAAAAGAAUUUAGAAUGCUAAGUGACAAGGAAAGAGAAAAAUUUAAUAAAAUAUUGAGAAUUAUGAAAGAAACUGGAGAUUAUGACAGAUUUGCAAAACAACAUAGAAGAGUAGUUGUUGAGGGAGGUGCUCAUUCUGGACCGGCUUUUUUGCUUUGGCACAGGGAAUUUUUAAAAAGGUUUUUUUAUUUCAAGAGGUCAUAA